CGACUCCGCGCCCCUGUGAACAUCAACCCACGCCAAGCAGCCAGCCCUAGGCGUCACAAGCGUGCUCCGCGAUGAUUCGCACAACUGUCUUCUUUGCGCUGCUUGCACUUGCAGACGUCCAUGCCAGCUGGGAAGAGUGGUGGACAUACGAUGGCAUUUCAGGUCCGGCUUUUUGGGGGCUGAUCAACCCACAGUGGAGUUUGUGCAACAAGGGUAGGCGGCAGUCGCCGGUCAACAUAGAACCUUCGGCUCUGCUCUUCGACCCACACUUGACGGCCAUCCACGUGGACAAGCACAAGAUAAGCGGCACCCUCUGGAACACGGGCCAAUCGCUGGUGAUGCGGGUGGACGGCGACACGAAACACCACGUCAACAUCACCGGAGGGCCCCUCGCCUACAGAUACCAAUUCGAGGAAAUCUACAUCCACUACGGCGCCGAAAACCACCAGGGCUCCGAGCACCGAAUCCACGGACACGCAUUUCCGGCCGAGCUGCAACUGUACGGCUACAACAGCGAACUGUACCGGAACAUGACCGAGGCGCAGCUACGACCACACGGCAUCGCGGCCAUCUCGCUCAUGCUACAGGUUGGAGACAUCCCUAAUCCGGAGUUGCGAGUGCUGACGAGCGCAUUCAGCAAGCUGACUUAUCGAGGCGCGAGUGCUCCAGUGCGGUAUCUCUCGUUACGCAGCCUUUUGCCAGACACGGACUAUUACAUGACCUACGAAGGCUCGACCACACACCCUGGCUGCUGGGAAACGGCCAUCUGGGUCGUUCUUAACAAACCAAUAUACAUCACCAAACAAGAGUUAUACGCGCUACGGCGUCUGAUGCAAGGGCCAGAAGAGACCCCCAAAGCCCCUCUAGCAAACAACGUGCGCCCCUUGCAACCUCUGCACCAUCGAACGAUACGGACCAACAUUGACUUCGACGGCAAGAGCCAUCAAAACCCAACUGAAAAGUGCCCGACACGCGGAGAAGUUCUCUACAAAGUGAAUUCGAGGCACAUCACUCAAUCAGACCUGGCCAUGGACUUGAACGCAUUAUAAUUCGCCAAUGUCGUGCUACUAGAGAUACAACAAUUAAAUGUCUGCAUCGAUUUUUUAAGAGAGAUUAAUAAGAGAAAAAAAAACACUUAACUGUGAUCUUGAUGAAUUUGCUAUAAUGUGGUUGAUAGAUAAGGAGAAAAUUGGAAGUGGUUCAAUAUUUACAGACGAGAGAAACCAUCUUGGUCAAUUAUAGGAGCAAAUUAAAAUUUUAAUUAUUUCAAACUAGAAGCUUGGCUGCGCGUGUGGAAAGUCCGUGUUUCCACGCUCCAAACACUGUUGAAAUAUAAUCGGAUUUUAAGCUCUGCGUUCGGGAAAGACGGAUUUUAUUAUUAGCUCGUUAUUAAGGAGAAAGUUUUAAUAAGGAAGCUGUACUAACUAUUCGUCCUGCAUUUAAAUAAUAUUCCGAAGCAAUUUUUUAAGGAUAAUUCUUUGGACUUGCAAUCUAGGUAAAUUAGAAAAUAAAAAAAAUUAUUGCAAUAAUUGUGUGAAUAAUGAAAUUGAGUAGCUGAGAGACAUGUGUUUUCAUUGUGUAAAUAAAUAAAAAUCAAAAUAAAGAGCAAAAUUGGAAAAA